CCUCCAUCUUGUCUCAAACUGCUAUCGAUAGCUUCUUGGCUGAUGCGCUGAUUCACCUUCCACGCCUACUCUACCCUCCAUCACGUUUUUCCAUCUUCUUGUCCAUUGAGCAGCUAUCCCACAGCUCGUCACCUCCAUCACCUCUCCGCCUAUCCCGACAACCCACAGCGAUCAUCAUGUCGAAAUCAAGAAGCCCUCUCCUCAUCCGAUUCCUCUCAGACUUCACCCUCGGCUUCUCAGAUGGCUUAACAGUGCCCUUUGCCCUGACCGCGGGCCUCAGCUCCCUUGGCCGCACCGACACAGUCAUCUACGCCGGUCUGGCUGAACUCUGCGCGGGAAGCAUCAGCAUGGGCAUUGGCGGCUACCUUUCUGCGAAAGACGAAUUGCCUUCGGAUCAGGCGAAAGACCGGGAUGGCGACGAGGAAGAGCUCAAGGGCAUGCUGCGUCAGGAUGCUGGGAUGGAUGGCUUGGAUGAAAAGAAUAAAGAUGCGCAAGAAGUGCUUGUGAGGCAGCAUUUGGAACCUCUCGCUCUGCCGGGUUGGAUGGUUGCGGAUAUCAUGUCGACCAUCAAAGAGCGUCAGGGCUUAUACGAUACAGCCCGUCAGUUACAGUUUGCGCGAUCUGAGCUCGCCGCCGGUGAGAACUCAUAUAACAGCGACCAGCUGCCCAUUUCUCCAGUUGCUUCCGGUAUUUCCAUCUCGCUAGGCUACAUCAUCGGCGGCGCCAUUCCUCUACUGCCGUACUUUUUCGCUGCGACUGUCGGCCUUGGUCUCCGAUGGAGCAUCGCAGCGUGCCUGGUGGCGUUGAUGUCUUUUGGCGCAGGUAAGAGCUGGUUGUUGAGGAGCGGAAAUGCAUCUAGCAGUUGGAUGCACUGUCUCUGGGAAGGACUGCAGAUGAUGAUUCUGGGCAGCGUGGCUGCGAUAGCGUCGGUCUUGUGCGUGUCGCUGCUAGGAGGGGGCGAAAACGAGAUGAAGGGCUGAAAGUAUCCAGAGAGAUAUUUUGUUCUUUCCAUUCCCCUGGAAUUGGGGGAAUAGACAUGGGUAAUUAUAUAAUUAUGGGAAAUACUGGCGUUGGGGACUUUGGCGGCAACACACAUUGAAGCGCAAGCUAUACAUUUACAUGCAUCAAAUCUUGCAAGUGUUGAAUCAUUCCUAGUUGCAUACUUGUGGCUUGAAGCAAAUAUUUCAAGAAUAGCUUUGUUUGCCUAUGAGAAUAUAAAAUUCUUAUGUUAUAAGAAAAAG